GAUCGGACGCGGAAAGAUACUGACAUUUUUUAUAGCUCCUAAAAACUGCAAAGAAGUUCUCUCACGAAAUGUGGUGGCAAAAAGAGCGACGUGUAUAAAGUCAAUCCUGAUGGCAAAGGAGAGUUCAAGGUUUACUGUGACGAGAAGACUGGAGGAGGAGGAUGGACAGUCUUUCAGAGAAGAAGACGGUUCGGUGGACUUUUACAGAGGAUGGGCCGACUAUAAGAAAGGGUUCGGGGACCUCAAAGGCGAGUUCUGGCUUGGUCUCGACAAGAUCCAUCGAUUGACCCAUCAAACACGAAACCGUCUUCGUGUUGAGAUUGAAAACACUAAAGGAAAGAGCGCGUAUUCCGAGUACGAUUUCUUUGAUGUGACCAGUGAACGAAGCAAAUACAAGUUAGGUCUUGGAACUUACUCAGUCAUACUCAAGUCUGACUCACACCACCAUCGCCAGUCUAAGGAUGACGAGCGUCUGGCCAUUCAAGACCUGAGGAGGUUAAAACCAUUCAUAGAAGUCGCAAAAAGAAGCCACGGGAGUUUCCAGGACAUUGGAGCUUCAGCUCUAAGUGGUCUUGACAAGGAGAACCUCGACUCUUGGUUGGACAAACAUAAGAAAAACAUUUCAGUGGAGUUGUAA